AUGUGGACACUGGCAUUAGGUGGCAUCUUCCUGGCAGCCGUUGAGGCCUGUGUCUUCUGCCGUUUCCCAGACCGUGAGUUGUCGGGCCGCCUGGCUCGGCUUUGCAGCCAGAUGGAGGUCCAGUGGAAGGACUGUGAGGUCUCCUGGACAUUCUCGGCUUUUGCCUUAGAUGAUGCGUCCUUGAACAAAAUCACAGAGAAGACUCACAGAGUCCUGAGAGUCAUGGAGAUCAAAGGGUCUCUCUACUCACUCCCUUCGUAUUGGCAAUGGCUUCAGAAGACCAAGCUCCGGGAGUACAACAGAGAAGCUCUCUGCCCUCCCUCCUGCCGGGGCAGCACCAUCCUGUACAACUGUUCCACCUGCCAGGGCUUCGAGGUGUACUGUUGGCCCCGAAAGCGCUGCUUCCCAGGAAGUCACGAUCUUUGGGAAGCUCGGAUCCUGCUCCUGUUUGUGUGCGGAACUGCCCUGCUCCUGGGUGUUCCGAGCCUCGUGGUGGAGUACAACUACUUCCAAGCAAAAAGAUGA